AUCAGCCCCUCUCGUUCUCUAUAUGGACCACCCUCCACUGUUCUCUUCCAGUUGACAGUUUUUGCUGGUGCCAUAGCAUAGCGUGCAGGCCAUUAAUCUCAAUGAGAGCAAAGGCAGAGGGAGACAGAGAGUGAGGAGAUGGGAAUGGAGAAGCAGCAGAGGAGGCACAACUGAGACACCAAGCUGGGUUCUACCAGCAGCUCUUGGACCACAGAUUGAUCUCACCGACACAGGUCUGUACUCGUUUGAUGAUACAGAGAGGAAAAACCAUGGAACCUGGAAUGUGGACCAUAUUUAUUCUGCUUGGUCUAUCUCUCUGGAGCAACAGUCAAGCCUUUACCAAGAACCCCAUCCUCUCCCGGAUAAGAAGGGCUCCAGAGGCCAAUGGAGAAAACAAGAAGUGCUCCUACACCUUCCUGGUUCCUGAGCAGAAGAUCACAGGCCCCAUCUGUGCCACCCGGGGUUAUUCAACUGACAAGGAUCGAGUAACGCGCCUGGAUGUGGCCUCAGUGCGUGACCUUCUGUCUAAACAGCGCCGGGAGAUGGAAACUUUGAAGCUAGUGGUGGACGUUGAUGGCAACUUGGUGAAUGAGAUGAAGCUGUUGAGGAAAGAGAGCAGAAACAUGAACUCCCGAGUGACCCAACUUUACAUGCAGCUGCUCCAUGAGAUCAUCAGGAAGAGGGACAACUCACUGGAGCUGGCUCAGUUGGAGACACGCAUCCUUAAUGCCACCACUGAGUCGCUGCGCCUGGCAUCCCGCUACCGGGAACUGGAGGCCAAAUAUGCAGCCCUAUCCGCAGUAGUGAAUAACCAGUCAGUGGUUAUUGGAGCACUGGAAGAGCGUUGUAUGCAGGUGUAUAGUCGCAGGCAUGAGCAUCCGCCCCUGGGACCUCCACUGGUGCAGGUGGUGCCUGAGAACAUUCCAGUCAAUGUGCCACGCUUCACGAAUGAAAUCCAGAGGUUUGCACGGGAAAGAGGCUCUCGCUCUGGACCAUCACCCACAAGCGGCACCUUGGAGGUCCAGAAACCUCCUCAGAGAAACUUCAGUGCAGAAGGCCCAUUCAGAGACUGUCUUGCAGCCCAGGAGGCUGGCUACAGCACUAGUGGCAUGUAUCUGAUCAAACCAGAUGAAGCUGAAAGGCCAGUGCAGGCCUGGUGUGAACAGGAUAUAGACAACGGUGGCUGGACUGUCAUUCAGAGCAGAAGAGAUGGCUCAGUUAACUUCUUCAGGAACUGGGACAACUACAAGAGUGGCUUUGGCAACAUAGACGGGGAAUACUGGCUCGGCCUAGAAGGCAUCUACGGCCUCGGGAGGCAGGGGGACUACAAGCUGCUGGUGGAGCUGGAGGACUGGAUGGAUAAGAAGGUUUAUGCUCAGUACAGCAGCUUCCACUUGGAGCCAGAGAGCGAGGGAUACCGCCUGCGCCUGGGCACCUAUCAGGGCAAUGCUGGGGACUCUCUCAGCAGCCAUAACGGCAAACAGUUCACUACUCUGGAUCGAGACAAGGAUGCUUUCUCAGGGAACUGUGCCCAUUUCCAUAAAGGAGGCUGGUGGUACAACGCCUGUGGCCAAACCAAUCUAAAUGGUGUCUGGUACAACGGUGGUGUCUACCGCAGCAAAUACCAAGACGGUAUCUUCUGGGCCGACUAUGGUGGAGGUUUCUACUCCAUGAAGUCUGUCCGCAUGAUGAUCAGGCCCAUAGACUGAGAAGAUUCCAUAAGCCAGGCUGGUCAAGGGGCAGCUAUGUAUGUAGGCCAGGGCAAACUUGAAACUCCUUCUACAUUGAGACUCUACUAGUCUAGAUUGAAGAUGGAAGUUACCAACCAUCAGGCAGUGGCCUGUACCCUCUCCUAUAACACAUAGAUUCUGUGUGAACGUUCUUCUUUUGAUAUCAUAACUGAUUCACACGUAGAGAGAACAUAUUCCUACAUGACUAUUCCUAGGAAUAAAUACUGCUCCUUUAACCACCUAAUGUGUAUGACCGAGAAGGUGAAUUAAGACUAUAUGCCUACAUUUUGUAGUAAAAUAAUGGUAGCUGUCUCUCUGAUUAAGAAACCACAAUGUUUUCUUAUUAGUAUAUCACUUCCUGGAGCAGAGAAGCCGCAUCGUUAGGGAACUUCAGUGGCUCCGAUUUUGUUCUCAACGUUAGCAUCACAGGCUCUUAAUGCAGCUCUUCCUACCUCGCCAAGAUAAACGUCUGGAGGAAACACUCGUGUAUGGUAUUUAACUUGCUAUAGUUGCUGGUAGCUGGAAAAGACAUUUUGUUACUACCUGUAUAGAUUUAUUUAGGCUUUGUAUUUACUUCCCGAUGUGAAAGAGCAACACAUUAAUGAGUUGGGGUUCAAUACAUUUGAUUAGAUAAAAAAAAGAGUGGCGAUUUUAUUUUUAAUCCCUACACUUAAAAUGAAAUGUAUACUGCAUGUUAAAGUAAUUUUGUUCAAGUGCAGGAGACCAGAAGGGAUAAUUUAUGUGUAUAAUUAAGUUAUCAUUACAGUGAAAAGGGCCAGGUGUCCUGAGGGAAAUGGUAAAUAAUCCUGAAGAAAAUAGGAGUAAUUUCCUGCACUGUACGCGACAAUCAUUCUCUAAGUGUGCUUACACGUAUGGAAAUUGGAGUUAUAUGUUUUUCUCAUUUGGCUGUUGAUUAAACUUCAGUAUGACUUUGUGAAA